GGGCAGAAGGAGGGGUCUUUGAGAUGCGAUGAGCUGGAGCUGUCGUUGUGCUGCUGCAAGCGAAGGCAGAGCUCUCGGAGCUGCGAGCUGUGAGCUGCCUGGAAUUAACUAUGAUAUCAUUGCGUCUUCGAGCAGUGAUCUGUCUGCUCGACUGCUGUGUACCGGCAGUUGGCGGCGUGUCUCGGUGCACUCUACUUGGCCGAGCAGCGAGCUUGCUUUUCCAGGGCCCCAACUGCUGCCCAUGCACCGCAGUGCCGCACUCCCCCCCUCGCCCACUGCGACCAAUCGCCGCUCCGUCUGUCCUCGGUGGCUCAUAUGAAGAUUCCGAUUCCGGCUGCGUCGACGUCUGCGCAGCAAUCGUGACGAGAGCAUGCUAGGACGUCGGUGGAUGUGCUGCAGGGAACAGCAUCAGCAUGUGCGGUGUUGUGCAGGAGCGAGCUGUGUGGUCUUUUUUCUUUUUCUUUUUCUUUUUCUUUUUCUUUUUCUUCUUUUUCCUAUUUUUUUUUCUUUCGCUGUUGCAGACGAG